CAGGCCCAGGGCACUGGAACAAAUGAAACAGUAGUCAGUAACAAAGAAAGACGUUUUUCGGUGAAAAAAAGAUAUUGAAAUAUUCCUUUUGACUGUUUUGCAAAUAUCAUGACAAUGCAACCACACAAUAUGGAUCCUAGGCUUCCUUUGAAAAUUCAAGAAAAUGUAACGGAUUUAGGAUCUCUUGCUCGACAAGUGUUGAGGAGCUCAAAAUCCAGUGAAAUGUUGCUGCAUGCGGCCAAGAAUUUUGCAUCUCAGGAAGGAACAGUGGAGAGCUCAUUGCAGACACUCAAGAAAAUGGAUAUAUUAGCAUCCCAUUUGAGGUUUCAGGCAGAGGCAAUUGAAAGAAAUGUUGAAGUGAUGGAUAAUCUUCAAGAUCAACUGAGCACACUCCAAAGAUGACAAUCAACCAAUCAGGAUCCUCCAGAGUCCAAGUCAUCUGGGACAUCACCUCCGCAAGUUACUUGAGAUUGUCGCAUCAUGGAAACUGCUGCAUAGGAAUUCUUUGAAUGUUCAUGGAGUCUGUCGUUCGGGUUUGUACAACCAUUUGCGACUAUCGUUUUUGAGUGAGAUGCAGAAUGGUUGUACUGUUUCAUAUUUUUACUGAAGAACAGAGUUGUGAAGUUCAAGUUGGUUUUCAUGUCCAAAAUGAGCCUGUAACUUGAAGUCUGGUUUGAACUGUGUAACUUGGUACUUUGUAGGGUGUUUGAGAAUCAGAUGGCUUUCAUUUUUGCCUGUGAGAAGUUUUCAACUUCAAAUGAUCUUUCAUUAAAAAAAGAAAGGAACAUGAUCAAUCGACGUCAAGAACGUUUGUUGCACUGUUACUCCAGUAAGGCACCAAAAGCGGAGAAUCAGUGCUGCAUCCAAUACCUUUUUGAAAGUUUAUUCAACAAACUUUGUUGAAGGAAAUAUUUUCCUUCACAGAUAUGGUAAAAGAUUGUCAGUAGAUGUAUUUUUAUCAGAUGAUCUUGAAUUCAUGUAGGAUCAUUAGACUUUGUAGAAGAAUAAUAGUAUGUUGAUUGAUGGUAUCAUGUUACAUGAAGGUGAUGUUUUUUUUAUUUACAUUAUGACCAUACAUCCCAUACAUAUAAACAUCACAAGGCAAAAGUUUAAAUGAUCAAAAUGCAUUUAUUUCUUAUCAAGCGUCCAUACUUUCCAUCAAUAUCCUGAACAAUCAUAAAAAAUGAGAUUUACAUGUUGUUAUUUAAGUAUAAAACAUAUUUCUUUAACAUUUGUGUAUGCGUAAUGGUGACAAAAGGACUUUCAUUAAAAAAAACAACCUCUGACAACAGUACUUCUAUAAAUUAUAUGAUUGAGUUAUGAUAUGCACCCCACCCCCCCCUUCCUAAAAAAAAGAUAAGAUUGGCCAGACAUAGCAACCUUCUGCUCAUGCUGAAAAAAUGAUAAAAACUGGAGGAGGGUGACACAUUCUUUGUCGCACACGAGUUUCAGACAGGUUAUGGCAAACUGCAAACAAACAUUUAGUCAAAAGUUAUAGCUAUGUGUAUGCUGCUUUCAAUGUUCCAAAUAAAAUUAAAUAUGGCACCAAUUACAUGUACAUUGAUUAACCAAAUGCAUCUUACAGAAUGAAACACAAAUCAUCUUAUCUUUUCCCAUUUUAUCCUCUUUGGUUGAAAAAUGAACAUACUAGUUAUGUCUGUCACAUAGAAUAACGCAGACUACCAGUCUCUUUAUGAUAGAAAUAUGGUUCUCACGCUACAUGGUAUACUCUAGUAUUGUUAUUUUGCCAUGCCAAUAUUACAUGUACGUGUAUGUAUACCAAUUUUCUUGACCCUAUUCAACAUUCAUUCCUGAGGUCAUUUCCAUUCUCCUGAAUAAUUUCCUAGUUGACAUGACUUUUUGCAAAUUGAUGCUUUAAUAUGUAAUUCAAGAGCUAACAAUUGAAAGGGGGUAUUAUACAUGUAUCUAAACAGAGCACAAUGAAUAAAAAUAUAUGUUCAUAAAUAUGAUGAAAUGAAUGACCAUGUACAAGCCCCCGUUCCACUAUCACGAUCGGAAACCCUGAUCCGUCUCGAUCAUUAGAUCGGCGGAGAGCGGGAGAGGAAUCGGUUGAAAUCGGGAGCAGCGAGCCUAAUAUUCAGAUCGGCUAAAAAUUUUGAACAUGUUCAAAAUUUCAUGCUGAUCUUAUUCAGAAAACUCACAUUUUGAAUCGUGGGGAAAGCUGGAAAAGUGUAAGCAACACAGCGCGCAGUCAUGGAAUAAGCGUAAUCAGAUCUUUACUGGCAUACUAAAAGCAGCACACAGACGUAAGGAAUCCCCAUUCCUUUGGAAAACUUGUAUUACUGCAAAUUAUUUUUUGCUGACUCCUGGCAGCAAAGUGACUCAUUUUUCUUACCUGAUCUGAAGGUUUGUCAAAUCAUAGCAACAUCGGCAUAGUGGAACGGGGGGUUUGAACACAAACAUGUUAAUAAGUAUGCUCGGUAAAAUAUUACAGCUCAUAUGUGCAAUAUGUAAAUGCUUACUUAAGUGGUGUUCCAGGGAAGAAUUUAUAUGCCAAAAUAUUGCUCUUAUGUACAAAUGUUGAUACAAUAAAAGUUAUUCAAUUCAUUUCAUUAUUGAAAUACUCGGAAUACAAUGUAUGAAGUGUAUGCUUAGUGGUUGUU